UUUUUGUUUUUUUUUUUUUUUUGUUAAAUAAAAAAAAAUACAAUCCACUGAAAGACCCUGUCUCGAUCGACCAGUCUAACUGACAUCGUGAGAGAGUUGUUGUCUGUUUGGGUUGUCCGUCGCCCCUUUUCCUUGUACACGCUGUCCACCCUCACCUCCUCCUCCUCCUCCUCCCCCCACCGCGAGAAAUCCUCGCGAUCCCCGCGAGAUGCCCUUCUUUUCUCGCGUCUUCCGCGGCAAGGACUCCGCCGCUGCGAAGAAGAACGCGAAAAACGCCCUGGUGGAGAAUCUCGGGCCCGCGAAGCCUAGAUGGACGGACGCCUGGCAACGGACGGAGGUUGCUCCCGAGGAGGUCCACGACCUCAUCCGAGGCUGCACCCAGGAGUUGAAGGCGCGAGCGCUCGAUACCCCCUUCCUGCUGCUCCCCUACCGUCCCGCCUCCGAUCCCAGUGCCGCCCGCUCCUGGGUACGCAAUUAUUUCACCAGCGCCGUCGACAAGUCUGCCCCCUGGACCGGUGAUGUUCUGGUGCAAGAACUGCGCCUCACGGAUCCACUGGUCAUUUGCAGUGUUCUGAAAUGGUGCUGGAGCAGAUUGCCUGGAGGUGUCGUCACCUGGGAAGCUUAUGAACUGUUCAAAGUCGGCGAACAGGACUCGCAACUAGCCCGCGACGCAUUUUCCACCUUCAUCCCCAUCAGCGUUGACUCCGAUGCUCGUACCAGAAUCAUCUUCGAUUUCUUCGAUCUACUCUCUGCCAUUGCCGCCCAUGGCAAGUCCAACGGCCUCGGCGGCCGCAAGCUCUCGCGCUAUGCUGGAUGGUGGGCCUUUGAGCAUACGGACAACGGCAAAGGCUUCGAGGCCUCCUACAAGAACUGGACUGCAGCGGCGGACGCGACUAGCCAUCUGUUCUUCGCUUACCUGCGAUCCAUCUCCCCCGAUUCCCCGCGCGGCAUCAGCGGUAUCUCGUCUCUUCCAAUCGCCCUUCAAACCCUCGUGCAGGCCACCGAGUAUCCCCCCGAGACACCCAUCUUACUGCAGAUGACCACCACUAAAGUCAUCAUGAUUGUCGACACCGUCUCCCCGACCCCCUUUGCCCUCCUGCGCCGCGCCAAGAACUUCGAGUAUCGCGACAGCGAUCGCCACCUGCAGGAGUUUGCCAGCUUUGAUGACCCAAUUCAGGCCUUGACCGAUGAGUGUCUGCGUGUGCUGCGCUGCAUCUCCUCUCUGAACCAAUCCGCGGUCUCUAGCUCCAAGACCUCCACGAGUCUGCGUGACGCCUCGUGGUCCCGCUUCGAGGACAUUGGUUUUGGCGGCGCCAUCGAGUCCGACAUGGAUGACGAGAGCUCCGAAGUGACCACGACCCGCGCCGAGUUUGGGGGCAUCAGCGGUGGCCUCCGUUCAGCCCCCCACUCGAUAAACGGGGACCUCGGCCGCCCAACCACCCCUUCCUGGGCCGAUUUCAUGUCCUCUGGGUUUUCGGACGAGAAUGGCAUCCGGCAACCGCCGCCGCUGCUCCUACCUCCCGACAAGGUCCUGCCCCCCAUCGCCACCGUUCGUGGCCAGAGCUCCCAGUCGCACAAGCGUUCCUUCGAUAUGGGCGGGGACCCCACCCUCCAGCCCGGCGAGCUGGCCAGCAUCACGAACUUUGAUCUGGACGACUCCUUCUGGUGGGUCUGGAUCAGCAGUCUGGCUGGCGAGGAGCCGGCGGUGCGCAAGGCGGUCUUUGGCCGCUGCGCCCUGCUGGAAACCAUCAUCCAGGGCACCAAGUGGCUCGUGCUUGAGGAACAGGUCAAGGGAGCCGCCCCGGAACCCGAUCCGAAUGCCUACAUUGUCGAAAAGAAGCGCUUCUUUGGCUUCACCACCCGUAAGACCAAGCUGAACCGCAGCAAAUCCUCGGCCAAAAAGAUCGCCGGCGCCGCCGCUUCUUCGGUCGAGGACUCGUACCGCCGGACCAACAACCCUGGCUCCCAGAGCAAGACCAGCAUUGCCCCGGAUCAGCACGCCCGCAUCCAGGCCGCCGCCGCCGCCCUGCAGCGGAAACAUCGCGAGGAGCAGGAGGCUACCAACGGCCGACAGACCCAGGUGCCGGAUGAUGCCUAUUCCACCAAGACGAAUUCCAUGAUGACACUGCAGCCGACGAUCAUGAAUGAGGCUUCGCAUGCGCUCAAGUGGGCCAGCAACUACGACAAGAAUGCCUACCGAACGGCCUACCUGGCCGACAGCCGCGCCGGCACGGGUCUCAUGGCUGAAAAGCCCCUUGAGAAGGUCUCUAGCCAUGGUCCCCCGUCACCGACCACGACCAAGCAACCUCCGCCGGCACCCGUGGCGGCAGCCGCAGUGUCCGCAGUGUCAGCACCAGCCGCCGCCGCAGCAGCAGACAAGGAUGUUCUUCCCCCGACCCCUACUUCUCCUACGACGGUGGUUCCUGAGACGGUCCCGGUUAGUUCUCCUCCCGUGCAGUCUGAGGUGAAGACCCCCGCGGAAUCAGCACCGAAAAAAUCCGGCGAGUCAGUUGAAGACCCGCACAAGAAGUUACAGAAGAAGAAGCCGGUCGCCACCGGGUUGAAGGGCAUGUUUGGCACCGGUAAGAAGAAGGGGGAUCACCCCCCAAUGAGACCGACGGAGGCUGAGCCGUCGGCUGUCGCCGCCGCGCGCGCGGCGCUCGAAGGCAAGGCCCGGGCUGCCGAGCAGUCCGUCAGCCCUCCAUCAAAAACGACUCCGCCCCCUACCCGAGUGCCUGGCUUGAAGAAGAAGCCCGUCCCCACGGACGAUGACACUGCUGUUACUGUUCAGCCCGCUACCAGCCCGGAGCCUCCCACGUCUCCUCGUGCCGCACCCGCAACCGAAGCAGCGACGGCGGCCGCCACGCAGCGUUACGAUGGCCCCCCACGCACUCGGCGAAACAUGGAAACCGAUGCCCUCUCACGGGUGGGCACUAACGAGCAAGCGGCUGCCGAUCGGGAGUUCUCGCGGUUCGAUCAAGGACCGCUGACGGAGCAGCCUGCCUUUGUACCGGAGGACUCGCCGGUGAUAGAGGAGGCCUCGGUGGCAUCUCAGGAGGAAGCUCCCUCCUCGCCCAGCAAAGGCGUGGAUGGAGAGGCCUCAUCGACGAUUCCGGCGGCAGCGGCGGCGUCCUACGACCGGUGGGCGCAGAUCCGCAAGAAUGCGGCCGAAAGGGCGGCGAUGCAGAGCGAAGAAGUUGCCACCCGAUAUAGCCAAGACCGGACGGAUGAUGGUGACACCAGCGGAGAAGAGACCAUUGAAUCGCGUGUUGCUCGGAUCAAGGCCCGUGUAGCUGAGCUGACCGGUAACAUGGAAGCCGCUCGAUAGUUCUUCAGCUCUUUGUUGUUGUUGUUGUUGUUGUUGUUGUUGCUGUUGUUGUUUCCCCCUUCUUUUCCCCGUCUUCAUCUCCUACUGCUAUUCCUUGUUCUCUUGUCUUUUUCCUUAUGAUUCUGC